GGUUUGUUUUCAACAAAACCACAAGAAGAAGAAGAAGAAGAAGCGAGACAUCAACACAGUGAAACUAUGGCUGGUGACAAGGGUCCUCUAGGUCAACUCAAGGACCUGGUUGAGCUGAAGGAUCAGCUGGAAGACAUCCAGAGACGCAUGGAGGAUGAGAUACAAGCUGGGGUUCCUCCAGGUGGCAGUCUUCUGGGUUCUCCUUUCCUGAAGGGUUUUCUGGCUGGGUACAUUGUUGCAAGACUACGUUCCUCAGCAUUGCUGGGUGUUGCAGUAGGAACAUGCACAGGAAUCUAUGCAGCACAAAAUUAUGCUGUUCCCGACAUCGAAAACACCGUCAAAGACUACAUACGCAACCUGAGAGAGGGGCGCAAAUGAGAAGAGAGGAAGGAAAGUAAGAAGACAACAGAAGAGAGAGGAGGAAGAGAAACAUCUACAGGAAGUGGGUGCUCCUACACAUACAUAUGGGAACAGAUACGUAUUUUAAAAGUUAAAACCAUUUCAUUAGUUAUUAUUUUCUUUUUCUUUUGCAAUGGACAAACAUGUUGUAAUAAACUGAACAUAUUAUUAUGCAUGUGGAAAUAAUUACAACCAGUUAUUGUGGACACCACAUAAGAAAUCCAAUAUUUAUUUUCUAUAUGGUAAAGAACGGAAAAACUUCUACUUAUAAUAAAAUCAGUAUAGCUUUUAUAAUUGAUUUCUGACCUCAACCAUAUCAUGCCUGACACUGCAAUCUAUUUUUUCUGAUAUUUUUUUUGAUACAUAAUGAAACCAAUCAAUAUCCACAUGUGCAGGCCAGCUGGGUUGGCUGUUUCCCUUCCCUUUCUUAAGGAGUUUCACAAGAGAGAAAGAGGAAUUGCGUUAUCUUCUGCCAUCUAGUGGUCAGAAAUCAAAUAUACCAGCCUUUACUAAUAUGCACCUUAAUGCUCAGUGGGUGAAAGAGCACACAACAGAACAUUUUCACACCUCACUUUUUUCGGUGCUAUAAAUUGUUAAACCUGUCAAAACCCUUUAUGUUUGCAGUUAUCAGAGUAAAUUCAGUAGUGUAGUGCUUUGCUAUAGGUCAAUUUUUGUCAUUAUUAUUUAACAUUAUUUUUAAAUUUAGUCCUCAUCUCUUUGUAAGUUCAUGAAGAAUAACAUGUGACUCCAAAAACUCCACUUCAGUAAUAUGUUUAUAUUCCACCUCACAAUGCUUUAAAAAUGUCAAACGUUUGUCUGCACGCAGUGAGUCAAAUGACAAUGUUCGCCAAAGUCAAAUUAUUGCUUAAAGAUGUAGCUAUAAAUGCACUUGGGGGUUUUAGCAAAACAGGAAAGUGGGUGUCAAAAGUAUUUUAUGUAAAAUAUAUAUAUGUUAAGAGUGCCUGCUCUGGUCUGGACUUGAUCUUAUCAUCUCAUGCCAUGCGUGCAAUAGCCUUCCCUGGUGGGGUUGGGCUGCCUAUUUCAUAUGCUGGAAACUAGCUGAUCAUUUGCACUUUUAGGGAUUUAAAGUUGUCACUUUGUGUUUCAACAAUUUAGUGUUUAGCCAAGAAAUAUCAAAACCUAUCUAAGAGAAGUGAUUAUAUGGUGACAUGUUUACUUAAAUUUAGUUUAGCUUAAUUUCUUUUGUUGUUGAGGAAAAUAGAUUUUAACUGAAAAAAAAAAUUGAUAUUAUGUCUAUAAACAAUGCUGUUGCUGCAGUACACUAUUCUGAAACCCUAUUACACAUAAAAACACACAAGCAGUAGCACACUUGAAAAUAAAGCAGACAUCUAUUAGAGUUUGAAUUUUUUAUUUUGCUGGGCAGAUAUUGCACUAAGCUGGGAAACCUGAAAAUGUAUAUGUUUUUGUUAAUUUAUGACUUAAACCAACAAAUGGGAGAUGGUUUUCAAAUGACCCCAGGUACUGUGUUUCUGCCGUUGAAACGCACACUACUUAUCUACACAGUAAGGCCUGUGACAGAAAAAGAGCCAUGCUUGAGUUCAGAUUUAGGUUGUGCCCAUUUUUGAAAAAUUUUGACUGGAAAGUGUAUUCAAAAACUAUAUGUACUGUAUGUUUGGUAACAUGAAAACAAACAACUUGUGCCUAAUGACAAUCAUUGUGUUGCCGUCUUGUAUUGCAUGCUCUUAUUUUCUUAAUUUCUUGUUUAUUAUGUUUUUGCAUGUUUUUUCUUUUCUUUUUAAGUCAUACCUUUCUUUACACUUGAUAUGCCAUGGUAUAUAUAGGAUAUGACGGGUCAAUCGAUGAUGCUGUAUUUCACUGGCUUAUCUGUCUUUUCAUUGUGGGUUUCCAUUCAGUUUGAAAUUCUUUCGUGAUAUUCUAAAAGAAAACAACGGAAAUUGUCUUUAAGAGUUUUAUUUGGGUUUGUCAAAUAAAAGAUACAGUUUGUCUCAAAAAA